AGUUAUGGCGGAACCACAGAUUGGGAAGGACGUAUCCCAUAGCAAAACUGAUGAUAAUUCCGAUUCAAAAGAACAUGUUUACCUCGAGGAAACGUUUUAUAUUCUCACCAAGAAGAAAUCCGUGUUUCGGGUACGGCUCACAUCCAAAGGGUUGUCUUUAAUAAAGGAAACGGACGAUUAUUCGAAAGAGCAAACCAUUCUUUUGCGGGACAUUAUCGGCAGCAAAUGCAUGAGAAGUAAAAGACGGCGUGUCGGCGCCAGCUCCUGUGUUUGCAGCUCCCUGGCGGGUCACCACCUUAAAGUAGUGGACGAAAACAGCGGCGACCUUGAUGAGAGCGAUAUCAGCGCUUAUCUUUACAUUUACGCGUAUGUGCUGAAGCGCAGUCGCCGCACUCGGAAGCGGGAGAGGACAACAAUAACAUUGCGCUUCAGGUCGUACGACCGCUACGAAGACAACAACAGGGAGGCGCAGAAGUGGCGGACCACCAUCAAGUGUCUGCUGGCAGACACGCCCGUGUCGUACGCGUUGCCGCAUAACGAGAAGAAACUGCUGAUCCUUUUGAACCCGAAAUCCGGACCAGGGAAGGCGAGGGAGCUGUUUCAGACAAAAGUGGCGCCUAUCCUGCAAGAAGCGGAAGCUUCCUACGAUCUCCAUGUAACGAAGUAUGCUAAAUAUGCCCGCGAGUUUGUGCGCACAAGGAAUGUUUACGCGUGGCGGGCUAUUGUGGCGGUGGGCGGCGAUGGGGUGCUGUUCGAGAUACUGAACGGAAUGUUCGAGCGUUUGGACUGGCAGCAGGCCCUCGAGGAGGUGCCGCUGGCGAUCAUGCCUUGCGGCUCUGGGAACGGCUUGGCGAGAACAAUUUGUCAUCACUACAAUGAGCCGUACAUUCCCCAGAACUUGACGGGAUUGUCUAUGGCACUGGCGAGAGGAAAAAAAGCGCACAUGGACGUCGUUAGAGUCGAAACUAAGUCUAAAAUAAUGUUUUCCUUCUUAUCGGUCGGCUGGGGCUUACUAUCCGACAUUGAUAUAGAAAGCGAAAGAUUAAGAGCUAUCGGUGGACAAAGGUUCACACUUUGGGCGCUGGCGCGGCUCGUCGGCUUGAGGAAGUAUAAAGGUGUGUUGAGCUAUGCCAAGAUUAAAGAUAUCAGCAACUUGCCAAAGCCGAAACAUCCUCUGACAAUCGGCCACAGCGUCAGUCAAGAUGACGCGCUAGAUUCACCCGAUGUGGAGGCAUUCUUCGAUUGCGAUGAGAACUCUGACGUAUUCUCUAGUGCGGUCAACGGUAAGAGGCAUUCGCGUGUCGAUUCCUGGUACUCUGUGAACUCUAGGCGGAGUGCGUUCUAUAGUACGCGAGGCUCGGACUAUCAUAGUGUCACGAGCAGUGGUUCAGAGAUGCGUUCCCCAGUGCACGCAUGCAUGCACGGGCCGGCGUCUCACUUGCCAUCGCUGGUAUCGCAGUUACCGUCGCAUUGGGUGCAUGAAGAAGGAGAAUUUGUCAUGGUACACGUUUCAUACCAGUCUUACAUUGGAGAAGAUUUGUUAUUCGCACCGAGCUCUCUGUUGUCUGACGGUGUUAUGUGGAUGCUGAUCAUCAAAGCGGGGAUAUCUAGGACUCAAGUAUUAUCAUUCCUCAUAGGCAUGAGUCAAGGUAACCAUACCGAUGGGAAUAAUGAAUUUAUCAAAAUGGUUCCGGUCAGUGCGUUUAGAAUAGUACCCGAGGGUCCAAAUGGCUACCUCACCGUGGAUGGAGAGAUGGUUGAAUAUGGACCUAUUCAAGCUGAAAUCUUUCCUAAUAUAGUUAAUAUCUUGGUCCCGGACACAAAAUAACGUUUAACGAUUUUAACUAGCGUUAAGUAAUGAAUUCGCCGAGCCGAUUGUGCAAUAGAACAAUGUUAAAUAUUAUAUCAGUAACAAAGGGUUAAUAUUAAUUAAUAUAUCUGAAAAGGUUGUGCUGUGGACACACGUACGUAAUAUUAUAAAUUAGAUUGUCCUAUAAUUACCUACUAUUGUAAUAUUAAAAUAAUUGGAAUUAUAGAAAAAAAUUUAUAAGUGUCUGUCCGGCUAGAUAUUUAUUAUUAUUAUUUAAUUGGUUUUAUUAAAAAAAGGAUAAUUUGUGACAAUUUUAUUGUUAACAGUUAAAAUGUGAUAAUAUUUUUAAGUGGAUUAUAUUAUGUAUUGAUAAAAAAGACACAUAGUUGUAACCUAGUCAUUGCUAUCGAAAUCAACAAAGACAGUGCCAAAUAUUCUGCACUCUAAAAUUUCUUUGCAUACUAAGAAUAGCUUCAAUAUUAUAUGUGUAAAGCAUAGUAAAUAUCUUACGUGUCAAUACCAAUGAUGUUAAAUACUAUUAGAUGUGUUACUAGGCCAUGAAAAAUGAGGCGCUCAAAAGAGGAAAUUUCCAUAUCUCAAUGUUAGUUGUGUUCAAUAAAGAACGUUAUUUAAAUCAAUAAUACCUAAAUAUCGUCACUAAUGUCGAGUUUUGUGUUCAGGAAGUGUAAAACUAUAUAUACAUAAACAAAUAAUGGAAUUAAAGACAAAAUUGUGGAUGUGUGCGCUCAGUUUUGUACGAUAGCUACAAAACUGAGCGCACACAUCCUCAAUUUUGUUUCGGAUCACUUUUUGCGUUGAUUUUGUAGGGACGUAACCGAUCUAUGGUAUAAAAUUAUCAUUGGCCAAUACACAUUAUUAAUGUAUUCCUAAUAAGUUGUUGCUCAAAUUUAGGGCACUUAAAUACCAAUUUGAGCACAUUACCUUGUAUCACUUGAAACAGUUCGUUUUAAUUUAGCCAAUUGUUUUGAACUUGUCAUAUUUCUUGUUGGUUCACUAAGUGGUUUCCAAUUUAUAUUGUAAAUUCGUUAUACUGAUGUUUAUGAUCAUUCAAGUACAACAUUACGUUAUCUACAUUAGUAAUUUAAAGAGUAAUGAUUGUUUUUGUAUUGUUUGUUACGAAUAGUCUCGGAAAUUAGUUAAUGUUAAAAAAAAACAAAAAGAAAACUACAUUUUCAGCGAGAAUAUACUAUAUUUCAUCUGUAUUCCCACAGUUAUGAGAACUUGCUGGGUAAAAGCCCGGGACGUCCACAAAAUACAAAUACUCAAUGUACCCCAACAAUUUUUCUUAAGGAACAACCUUGUACAUACAUAGUGUAAACAUAAAUUAAAAUUUCAAAUUAAGUUAAUAGAAAAUUAUUUUCUAAAUGACUUAUCUAAAAACAGUACCUACUCGUACAUAGUUCGAAUUCGAAAUAUGUAUGUACAGUGUAGAUACAUAUCUAUGGUUUAGAAACACGAACCUUGUAUAGAUUCAAUUUAAGGACAUCCUUGUCUUGCGUUUCCCUGCUAUAAAACCAAUGAUAUAUUUUAUUAACCGACUUCCAAAAAGUAGGAGGUUCUGCGUUCGGCUGUAUGUAUGUUUUUUUUUUAUUAUUCUAAGUUAUAAAUGCAGCUGUUUCAAGUAUAUUUAUUUAUUUUUAUGUAGUCCUACUUGUGUGACAUAGGCACUACUUUUAACUGAUGUAAUCAAAUAAUAAUGUGUAUAUUUUAUAAUGUUUCUGUGAUAUCGGUUUCUGCCAUAAUGUUAGUUUCAUUGAGGUUUCAUCACAAAAUGUCAACCCCAUAUUUCUGUGCCUAAUAACUUUAUUUAAACUAAGAACUUUUCUAAUGAUAUUUGAAUUUUAAUACAAUGUUUUAUAUUAAAUUAUUAUAAUAUUACUACCUACUCUGAUAAUAAUUUAUAUCGCACAAUAAUUAUAUAAUAAUAAUCAUUGUUUUUUUUUUAAUUUAACAGAUAACCUUUAUUAUUUUAUUCUAUGAUGUGCUUGUACUGCUAACAAUAUAGAGAUGGGUUGCAUAAUAUGUCCUACUAAUAAAAAAAUGUAAAUUUCAUAACUUUUAUAAUAUAAUGAAUACAAUUUACAUUAACAACCAGUGUAAGUACCUAUAUAUAUAAAAAUGACACAAAAGUCUAACUUGCAAUAUGUAUAUUAUGUAAUUAUUUUUAAUUUGGAUUGUAUAUCCAUAUACCAAAAGGUACCAUAAUUCCUAUUUUUUAUAUUUCCUACUUUUCAUCUACUUAUUUAUAUUAAUGUAUGAGGCUAUUGCAUGUAUGUUUUUUGUAAAUUGUCCUAAUAGUGUAAUUAUUGAGUUUUACUCCAAUUUAGCUAAUUUUUAAAAACCCAUAAUGGAAAAAAUGAGCCAAAUAUGUUUGUGCAUUCUGAUCCACAUACUGAUGCUGUUACACACUGUCAAAUAAAAAUUAUCUGUUUCAUUGUCAGAAGCCAGGGAUAUUAAUCUUCAUCCAUAUGAAUCAAGUUACAAGUUACUAAUAUCUACCUACAUAUACAGUAAAACACUGUUCAAUCCAUUAGGAUGUGUAAUGGUUCUAUUUAUAGUCUGUAUUAAAAAAAUCACCCUGGGUAAAAUCAAAUUAAAUACCUACCUAAUAAAAAAAUGUGAAAACUUAGUCUGGAAAGGGCUUUCUCAACAUUCCUGCUACAUAUAUUAUGAGUUUCAUUAUUAUUAAGGACUAAAGAGAAGCCUAUUCAGGUUAUUUGAGAAAAUAAAAUUGUAAUAAUCAUGUUGGUGAUCACACUGAACAAUUGAGUUAAUAAUAAGAAUAAUAAUAAUUUAUUUAUUUGCUUGUUAUACAGAACAUUGCCUAUUCCAGGCAAAUCCAGCAGGUGUUAUUAGUUAGUUGUUGUUUGGGUUGGAUUUUUGCACAAGUAUUAAGUGAACUAGAUAAAUCAGAGGGCUGAAAUGGUCAGAUAUAAUUAUUGUUUGUCCAUAUAUUGUAAUUUGUGUUGAACUCAAACUAAAGACAUGAGAACACCAAGUGUUGUGUGUUCUUAUGAUUUAUGAGUACAUACAUUCCAGACUUCUUUAAGCUCUUUGAGCUCUUUCUCUUCUAGAGUAAUCUUAGAAAUGGUUAUGUAAAUUUUAUGAAGUAAUAAAUAUGCAUAAAAGUUAUUUUAUCAUUCCAUCUUUCUAUUUAUUAAGUUUUGAACUAAUUGAAUGGUAAUGAAUUGUUGUCAAUAAAUGAUUGUAAUUUGA